AUGGGUCAAACAAUAACUCAUCACUCCAACUUCAGUUCAUUCAAUAGUUCUGAUUAUUACGAUAUCGUUAAAGACGAAUGCGCUGUUGCCGAUGAACCGAAAUUCCCAAGUAGUUUAGGUAUAACGCUUGCUGUUCCAGAAUGGGAGGCCAUAUGUACGGCUGUGAUUCUUACGCUCAUAAUUAUAUCCACUAUAAUAGGCAACAUCUUAGUAAUACUUAGUGUGUUCACGUAUAAACCUUUGAGAAUUGUUCAAAACUUCUUCAUAGUUUCACUAGCGGUAGCUGAUUUGACUGUAGCAAUUUUAGUUUUACCUUUAAACGUAGCCUAUUCUAUAUUAGGACAAUGGGUGUUCGGGAUCUAUGUUUGCAAGAUGUGGCUUACUUGUGAUAUUAUGUGUUGUACUUCAUCUAUUUUGAAUCUAUGUGCUAUAGCACUUGACCGUUAUUGGGCGAUCACAGAUCCUAUAAAUUAUGCUCAGAAAAGAACUCUGGAAAGGGUUCUGUUUAUGAUUGGUAUCGUUUGGAUAUUCUCACUUAUUAUUAGUUCACCGCCGUUACUAGGAUGGAACGAUUGGCCCGAAGUAUUCGAGCCGGAUACCCCUUGCCGGUUAACAUCGCAACCGGGUUUCGUUAUUUUCUCCUCGUCCGGUUCAUUUUAUAUCCCACUCGUGAUAAUGACCGUUGUUUAUUUCGAAAUUUAUUUGGCAACUAAAAAAAGGUUAAGAGAUCGAGCUAAAGCUACAAAGAUAAGUACUAUUUCGAGCGGUCGUAAUAGAUUAGCUUCAAAGAAUAGUGACCAGAACGACCAAGAUUCAGUCAGCUCUGAUGGCAAUCAAAAUGAACAUCAAGGAGUUACCCGUCUCGUAUCAGAUAGUGAUACCCAUAAGCAUAAAAGAUCAAAAAAGUCUACACCAAAGAAGAAACCUAAAAGGAAAUAUUGGAGUAAAGAUGAUAAAUGCCAUAACAAAUUAAUUACACCAAUUCUGUCUAAUGAUAACUCAAUCACAGAUGCGGGAGAUAACGCAGAAAAUAGGAACACUUCAUCUGAAAGUAACUCUAAGGAGACACAAGAAGAUGAAAUAAUAGAAAUAAAGGAAUCCGUAACAAAGAAAAGUCAUAAACGAUGUAAAACAACACAAGAGAACACUGUAUAUCAAUUUAUUGAAGAAAAACAACGUAUUUCGUUGACAAGAGAACGUCGCGCGGCGAGAACUCUAGGCAUCAUCAUGGGUGUGUUCGUGGUUUGUUGGCUUCCUUUCUUUGUAUUGUAUCUCGUUAUUCCAUUUUGUAGCAAUUGUUGUUUAUCAGGGAAGUUUAUUAAUUUUAUAACUUGGCUUGGCUACAUCAAUUCGGCAUUAAAUCCGUUGAUUUAUACAAUUUUCAAUAUGGAUUUCCGAAGAGCUUUCAAAAAGUUACUCUGUAUAAAGUGA